GGCCUGUGGCGGCGCGGCGGCGGCGGGCGCCUGCGAGGGAGGAGAGGGGCAGGAGGCCGAGAGCUGCUGCUCCCCUCAGCUCUGUCCCGCGCCGCGGGCUCCGGCCGGAGCUGCGGCGAGGCCCCGUCGCUGUGAGGUGGGUGAUGGCCCCGGCCAGGUCCGGCGUGAGGGGAAGAGGGCGCAGAGUUUUCAGAAUGACUUCCUCAGAUGACAUGCCCCUGGAUUAUGAAAAGAUGUUUGCUCAUCGAUUCACAUCAGAUGAUGAAGAGUACCAGGAAUAUCUGAAACGCCCUGCAGAUCCCCCUCCUAUAGUUGAAGAAUGGAGAAACAGAUCUGGUGGCAACCAGAGAAACAGAGAUCGGUUUCAAGAUGGCAGAUAUUUUAGAGGGGACAGAUACAACUGGCAAGGUGACUAUAGAUCUAAUCAGAGGCCAGAAAGAGGUUGGGGUAAUAACUACCAGCAGCACCGGCAAGGACAAUCGUACUCUCACUACGGACAAUACGGCUACAACUCCUACAACCCAGGGCCUCGUUACCAUCCCUACUGAUGAUACUCGUGGCUUGGAAGCCCAGUAAUGCUACAGAACAAAUUCAGUUGGACUUUUUUUCCACAGCUUUGUAGAUAACUGAAGAAUCAGUACUAUGGUCCAUGGCUGGUUAUUGCUGUAGCGUGAAUUGCAAACAGGAAUACCUUUUACAAAUAACAAGUCUGUUAGAUCGAGUUUGUUUAGACUCUGUAGUUCUUAGAUUAAAUGUCUUUUUUUUUUUCCUAACUAUAUAUUAGUACACUUCUUCCAUCACUGAGAUUUCUCUUUGUUACAUUUCAGAAAACACAGCAAGUGGGGAAAAAAUCACUGGUUUGUGUGCAGCAUGUAGCAGAGGCUUGUUGCCUUAAGGUUGUUCUUUUUGAAAAUGACAUACUCUGUCAUUGAAUUUCUUAGUUUGGCUUUUGAUAGUGAGAAAUGCUCUGGUUUGAAUUUCAGAUGCCUUAAAACUGAGAAGAGAGAUGCUAUUACAGAAAUAUUUUAUGGGAUUGGUGUAGUGUCUGUUGCCUCAAUGGCUUCAGUUUAUUUGCAAUAGUCCUCUUAAAAACAUGGUCUAAAAGUUGGAAUAGAAAUGAAGUUGUCUACAUGUGUAUCUUCUUGUUGUAGUAGUUGAGUGAUAUACCAGCUUUACCUGAGAAUUUAUAUCAUAUUAAAUAAACUUGGUAUCUGCAUAACACAUUCUGGAAUUCCCAUUUCAGUGAAGCUGUAACCUUUUGCUGAUAAUUGAACUACUUUGUGCAUGUGAGAAGAACCAUUGUCAGUAGUGUUCUAUACUUACUUUGCAUGAGAAAAUAGCAGUAGUGCAGAGUGUUAUUCAGUUCUUGAAAUUUCAAGUUUUAUGUAUUUUUUUUAAGUACCCACACAAUAAAAGUAUAGUUCACAAGGA